GUAAACCGAACCGUCGGAAAUCCGGUUUGGUUCGAUUUGCAUCCGGUUUCGGUUCGAACUCCGGUUCAUAAACUGUCGAACCGGCGGUUCGAACCGACGGUUCGAAACCGAAUGGGCAAGUCUGUAUUUUCCCACGCUCCCAAACAGAUUCGCCUUCCAUCGCGUUCCCUGCGCCGCACAGCCGUCGCGUCGCCACCGACGGGAAGCUUCCGCUCCCCCUCUUCACUCUCCUCUUUCCGUGUCCCUUUCGACUGCUAUCCCGUUAGCCACUGGACGCUUUCUUCUUUUCUGCUUCUUUUGUUUUCCCUUCGGCGCAUACUUUUACUUCGACUACUGACUAUAAUUCUAGUUUCGCUGCUAAUCGCCUUCCGAAUUCGGAACGUCAUCUUCUCGGUCGCUGUUCCUCCGUCUUCUAGCACCCUUCUCCACUAUCGUUCUGUUUUCGGCUAAGUCAUGUAUACGUCCUGCAAGGCAAAUACUGAAAUGUCCCAAUGCAUCACGUCAAUGUUUGCUUCAAGCCUUCCCAAGGUCUGUAGAAGCAAUUUAACCAAUGGAUUCUUGUCCAAUAAUUGCAAGCAAGCAGUGGUUGGUGGAAGAGAAGUUAGGAAACAAAGUCUUUCGCUUUCAAUGUCGAGCAGUGGUAUCAGAAAUCAAGUGGAAACUUCCCCCGAAAACAAAGGGACCGGCCUUACAUACAAGGAUGCUGGUGUUGAUAUCGAUGCUGGUUCAGAAGUUGUUCGUAGAAUAGCCAAGAUGGCCCCUGGAAUUGGAGGUUUUGGAGGACUCUUCCCUUUGGGAGAUUCUUAUCUAGUGGCGGGCACAGAUGGUGUCGGAACAAAGCUUAAACUUGCUUUUGAGACUGGCAUCCACGACACCAUAGGCAUUGAUUUGGUUGCCAUGAGUGUUAAUGACAUAGUCACAUCUGGGGCGAAGCCUUUGUUUUUCCUUGAUUACUUUGCCACUAGCCAUCUUGAUGUUGAUCUUGCAGAAAAGGUUAUCAAAGGCAUAGUCAAUGGUUGCCAACAAUCCGAUUGUGCUCUUCUAGGGGGAGAGACUGCAGAGAUGCCUGAUUUUUACGCCAAUGGUGAGUAUGAUCUGAGUGGUUUUGCUGUCGGCAUUGUGAAAAAAGAUUCAGUGAUUGAUGGGAAAAGCAUAGAGGUUGGUGAUGUACUUGUCGGUCUGCCAUCCAGCGGUGUGCAUUCAAAUGGAUUUUCUCUUGUUAGAAGAGUUCUUAGCCAAAGUGGCCAUUCUUUGAAUGAUAGUCUUCCGGGUUCAUCUGCUACGCUCGGUCAAGCUCUGAUGGCACCUACUGUGAUAUAUGUCAAACAGGUACUCGACAUCAUUGGCAAAGGCGGUGUGAAAGGGAUCGCCCACAUCACAGGUGGUGGCUUCACUGACAACAUACCCCGCGUCUUUCCAAAGGGCCUCGGAGCUCUCAUCUACAAGGACUCUUGGACGGUUCCUCCGAUUUUUAAGUGGAUUCAAGAGACGGGGAGAAUUGAAGAUGCAGAAAUGAGUCGAACAUUCAAUAUGGGCAUCGGAAUGGUAAUGGUGGUGAAGGAGGAAGCUGCUCUGAGAAUAGUUGCGGAAAAUGAAGCAGCUCGUCGGAUAGGUGAGGUUGUAAAGGGUGACAGAGUGAGUUACCGAUGAAAAGGGCGCGCAAAAUCACCCGGAAAGGUAAAUCCGCGCGAGCUCCGUCCAAAAACAAGAGUACUUGAGCUGCACCCUUAGUAGCUUUGUUUGUUUUGGUCACUUUUUGUCUGGGGGCCUGGUUAAGGUAUUGUAGGAGAUUCCCAACAAUUUUGAGAUAAUUAUAAUAUAAUUAUUUAUCAUAUUAAAAAAUA